UUGUUGUUCCAUAGCAUGACGGACCGAGCAUCAACAGCAACUGUCGCCGCACCGAACGCUAGUGCUAGUACCGCUGGUGGCAUUGCGUGGGCGGGAAGUCUAGUAGGCGUCAACAACCCCAACAAUCUCGGGUACCGCUAUUCGACGCCUUCCAAACGGUACCGUACCACGCUCGACGACGGAGACGAUGCAUCCCGAGAUGUUCCGACCAACAUCCAAGUUCAGUUUCGUAAUCGUCAGGGGGAAGACCUCGCGCAGACGCUGGAUUUACCAACCCAGUCGACGAUCGACGACUUGACCGCGCUUGUGCAUUCGCUCCUCGAGAACAGCGAUAGUCACGAUGAGCAGCAGCGACAAAAGCAAGGAGCCGGAAAGAUCCCCUACAGCUUUUACGCUACAAUCUUGAAGAAUGGUGUGCAAGAUGAUGUCGAAAUCACGCAUACACUCUCGGACCUACUCCAACAACACGCUAUCAGUACCGAAGACGUCUUGCAGCUCACCUAUCAACCGCUGGCCGUCUUUCGGGUCCGUCCCGUCACGCGGUGUACAGAUACUCUGCCAGGACAUACGGAAGCAGUUUUGCACGUACAGUACGCCCCGGAUGGACAAAUGCUAGCGUCUGGUGGGGGUGAUACUACGGUACGCUUUUGGGAUGUGCAUACAUCCACACCCAAGUAUACUUGUAAACAGCACAAGAAUCACGUCCUUUGUGUUGCCUGGGCUCCCAACGGGAAACGCUUCGUAUCGGCUGAUAAAAACGGAGUAUGGAUUGUUUGGGAUCCCACUAAAGGGGAAGCCGUAGGGAAAGCGGUCAAGGCACACCGUCAAUGGAUAACGUCUUUGGCCUGGGAACCGAUGCACUUGAACGCCGCCUGCGAUCGACUCGCCACAAGUAGCAAGGACGGCACCAUCAAAAUAUGGAAUGUACGGACGCAGGCUCAAAAUCUGACCUUAUCCGGUCAUACCGAUUCCGUCGAAUCGAUCAAAUGGAGUGGGGACGGAUUUUUGUAUAGUGCUAGUCGGGAUCGUACCAUUAAAGUAUGGAACGUCGAUCGUGGUAUUUUAGUGCGCACCCUCACCGGGCACGGUCAUCGCAUCAACACCCUCGCACUUAGCAGUGACUACGUGUUACGUACCGGACCAUUCGAUCACCGGGGGACGAAAUUCGCCUCGGAGGAAGCAGCUCAACAAGCCGCGCAAGAAAAGUACGAAGCCUUUCGUGCCCAAGGCCCCGAACGGUUGGUGUCUGGGUCGGAUGACUUCACCCUCUUUCUCUGGCAUCCUCAGGAGAGUAAACACGCUAUCAAACGACUGACCGGGCACCAACAAGCCGUGAAUCACAUUGCGUUUAGUCCGGAUGGGCGAUAUUUCGCCAGCGCGAGUUUCGACAAAAAGGUCAAAAUUUGGAAUGGUUUCUCGGGGGAUUUUCUCACCACCUUGACGGGUCAUGUAGGGGCUGUGUACCAGGUAGCUUGGAGCUCUGACUCACGAUACUUGGUGAGCGCUAGCAAAGACUCCACGGCGAAACUGUGGGAAAUGCCCAGUGGCAAACGGGCUCGUGAGACAUUGCCGGGUCACGCCGACGAAGUUUACGCUCUAGAUUGGAGCCCCAAUGGUGCUAGUGUCGCAACAGGCUCGAAAGACCGUACCAUUAAAAUUUGGAAGCACUGA